GGCUCUGGUUUCCGUGGUCACCGUGAGAUCUGCUCGCCGUUUGUUUCCUGCUACAGACAAGAGCGGCGUCGAGACUGACCGGGAAGGUUGAAUAACAUCACCUCCUCCAAUAACCACAGCAUACAAUGAACCUGUUAGCGACAUCCACAUCUCUGGAUAUCCGUUUCGCCGCUGUUAUACUGCUGGUGAUGGGCCUCUCCACUCCAGGGCAAGCAGAGAUCAUCAGUUUGGACUCCUCCAACAUAGAUGAUGUCCUAAAUAAUGCUGGGGUAGCAUUAGUCAACUUUUAUGCUGACUGGUGUAGAUUUAGUCAAAUGCUUCAUCCGAUUUUUGAGGAGGCGUCAAACAUCGUGAGGGAGGAGUUCCCUGAUACCAAGCAGGUGGUGUUUGCUCGGGUCGACUGUGACCAACAUUCCGACAUAGCUCAGCGCUACCGCAUCACCAAGUAUCCCACGCUGAAGUUGUUCCGCAACGGGAUGAUGAUGAAGAGGGAGUACAGGGGUCAGAGGUCGGUGACGGCCAUCGCUGACUUUAUCCGCCAGCAGCAGGUCGACCCAGUGAAGGAGAUCCACUCACUGGAGGAACUUAAUACCGUAGAUAGAAGCAAAAGAAACAUCAUCGGCUACUUUGAAAACAAGGACUCUGAUAACUAUCACACGUAUGAGAAGGUUUCCAACAUCCUCAGAGACGACUGCACCUUCUCUGCUGCGUUCGGUACCGUGUCACAGUCCGAGCGCUUCAGCGGAGACAACGUAAUCUACAAGCCUGUGGGCGAGGGCGUUCCUGACAUGGUCUACCUCGGCUCCCUCACCAACUUUGACCUGACGUACGCCUGGGCGCAGGACAAGUGUGUGCCUCUGGUUAGGGAGAUCACCUUUGAAAACGGGGAGGAGCUGACAGAAGAAGGACUCCCCUUCCUCAUCUUGUUCCAUCUUAAAGAAGACUCGGACAGUUUAGAAAAGUUCCAAAACGAAGUUACCCGUCAGCUCAUCAGCGAGAAAGGGUCUAUAAACUUCCUUCAUGCGGACUGUGAUAAGUUCCGCCAUCCUCUACUCCACAUUCAGAAAACUCCUGCUGACUGUCCCGUCAUCGCCAUAGACUCGUUCAGGCACAUGUACGUCUUCCCAGACUUCAAAGACCUCAACGUUCCUGGGAAGCUAAAACAGUUCGUUUUGGAUCUUCACUCCGGAAAGCUUCACAGGGAGUUCCACCACGGCCCCGACCCCACAGACAGCACGCCUGGACAGGUGGAGACAGGCAAGGAGUUGGCCAGCAGUCCUCCAGAGAGCUCGUUCCAGAAGCUCGCCCCAAGCGAGACCCGCUACACCAUCCUCAGGGACCGCGACGAGCUGUGAUCCAAGCAGCCUUCCAGGGAUCCUGAGACUCAAUGCCACGCCCCGGGGUCAGGGAGGGGGUUAGGGUUGGGACAGGCCAGCGGGACAGAAGAGUAACACCCAAUACCCUUACUGGAGAAAUGGAGGAGGAGGAAGAAGACGGAAAGGUUGACUAAAGAAGAACAUGGAGCGAAGGAGAGAGAGAGAGAGAGCAGUCCAUAACACAACAACGUUGGAGUAACCUAUAUUUUCAUAACUCUUUAACAUUCAAUUUUUAUUUUUGAUUUAAGAGGACGGGGGAAUAAAGAAGAAAAUUUUGUGUGGGCAGGGUGUCGGGGCCAUUAGGACAUAAAGAGAAGUUGACUUUGAUUUCUUUGGAGGUUGUAAAUAUGUUUGUGCUACGUCGGAAUCACAAUGUCGGUCUAACUUAAAAGCAGAGUUUUUUUCUUUAUUUUAUUCGGUCUCGUUCUCGUCACGCUGCGUUUCGGUCCUGGGCAGCGAACCGCGUCCUCGCUCCGGCCCCGGCCGCCCGAGCGGUUCUUAUCUGUGGGUUAUUCCCGUUCAUCCUCCCUAAGAUACAAGAUGCCCUUGUAAUCUCAUUAACCUCAUGGCUGCAUCUCAACAUUACCGACUCCUGUCUAAUUCAUUUGUAGAGUACAUGUAAGGAGAAAAAAAAAAAA